GACGUAGAAGUGCACAGUGUAGAGCUAGUCGUAGCUCUAGAGAUCAGACCCAAACGUCAGAGGGAAAGUGACGUGUACUCAAACACAGAGGGGUGGUUCAACACAAGGAAACGAAACGACUGAACAAUCUGGCAAGCAAACCGUUUGCAAAGCUCUGUCUAAAACCUAGGCAGUCAGGAUUCACUAAUUGUCUGUAAACUUAACACAACGUUGUGUGACGGAAUGGAGUCUGGUGCAUACGGAGCCUCGCUGGCAGGGGGGUCCUUCGACCUCGUGAGCUUUGUCAAACAACCUCAAACUAUUGUCCGUCUGUUGAGUUGGCUCUCAGCCAUAGUGGUGUUUGCCACCAUCACAGCAGAGGGUUACAUCAACGAGCAAGGUGGUUCUGAUCUGAAGUGCAUGUACAACCAGAACGACAGUGCCUGCAGCUACGCGGUGGGCAUUGGGGUGAUUGCCUUCCUUGCUUGCGUCGCCUUCCUCCUGCUGGACGCCUACCUGCCUCAACUCAGCAAUGCCAAGGACAGGAAGAAUAUCGUCAUGGCAGACCUGGGCUUCUCUGGUGCCUGGACUUUCCUGUGGUUUGUGUGUUUCUGCCUGCUGGCCAAUCAGUGGUCUAAAACUGAGCAUGCUGACCACAUCCCUGGCGACGCGGCUCGAGCUGCCAUCGCCUUCUCCUUCUUCUCCAUCGCCAGCUGGGCCGUGCUGACCUACUUCUCGCUGCAGCGCUUCCAGCAGGGCGUGAGUGACCUGGCCUCCAGCUACACGGACCCCGCGCAGGACCACGGCGCAGGACCCUACCCGCCCCAGGGAUACCAGCAGUCCCCCUUCGCUCAGAACCAGAUGCCAGGUGGCACGGACUACACGCCGCCCAGCUACUGAGCCUCCUCCACCACCACCAUCACCACCAUCACCCCACCUUACCAUCCAGUCCCCCUGGGGGUAUUCCAAGAGCAUGGCUAAGUGAUAAACCUGACUAAGUUAACCACAGAAAGUGGUAGACCUGGUAAUGGAUAGCCCACAGGUGUCCUUUAUCUUCGAAAAUGAGGACUCCAGGCUCUUCUAUUACAUGCUUUACCACCAACUUAAUCUGGCUUAAUACUGAGCCAGGUUCUUAGAAUACCCCCCAGGAGCCCGGGGUCGGGUCACAUGGGGCCCCUCAGAUCACCUGACAGAGAGGGCGAGAGGGGAAGGCGGUGGGGAGUGGGCGUGAGCAGGGGGAGGGGUUAAGAACGAGAGCAGCUGAUUGAUGGAGGCUGAUGGUCAAGCUCCUAUUGGUUGGUGAUGUCUUCUUGCACUGCUUUAGUCCCGGCCAAAAACGCUGCAGAGUGCGUGUGAUUGGGUGCAGAGUGGGUACGAUGGGGUGUGUGUGUGUGUGUGUGUGUGUGUGUGUGUGUGUGUGUGUGUGUGUGUGUGUGUGUGUGUGUGUAUCUGUGUGUGUGUAUCUGUGUGUGUGUAUCUGUGUGUGUGUAUCUGUGUGUGUGUAUCUGUGUGUGUGUAUCUGUGUGUGUGUAUCUGUGUGUGUGUGUGCGCGUAUGUGCACGUGUGUUUUUGCGUUUGCUCCAGUGUGCUCACCCACUUCUCCUCAGAGGGUAAAUGUGUGCCUUGUUCUUCUUUUUUUGUUGUUGUUUGUGUGUCGUAAACGUCUCUAUUUAUACACUCGUGUGCCCAGAUGAACAUCAAGAAGGCCACCCCAGGCUCCACACGUGUUGUCUGAGAAGGUUUCACAAAGUGUACACACAGUGCCUUCAGCCAAGAAUGAGUAGAAGUAGGCAGCAGUAGCUGUGCUUGGGGAUACUACUACUGACAAGACGAAUUAACUUCUCUCCCACUGCCAAUUUUCAUUACAGGUAAUCAGAUGUUAUGCCAAAAUAAACUUAAACAAGAUUUGGUGGGGGGAGUUAACAAGAUUUGGAUGAUUGGUAUUGAUACUCUUGAUUGAAGUAGUUCAGCUCUUCGCACUUUUUUACACUUAAAAGAUUUCAUUGAUCUGUUUUUCUCAUUUAAAGGUUCUUCUACAGCCUAGAUGAAUGUACUGCUUAAUCAUUCUCAGCCCCCUUCAAGUCGUUUUUCUAAUGAGGGAGUACAUGCUUGUACAUAUUGCAUUUGUUUGCUGUAAAGUACUAUAAUGGUCGUUGGAGUGAUACUGCAUCUCUUAGCUUCAUAUUUUUGAGCAUUGUUGACACAAAGGCAAAAAAAAAAGUACCACUAUGAUAAUAAGACAUAUUGUGUGUGAUGUUGACCGACUACAGUUUGAACAUUAACACUGCCCUCACUAAAACACCGCCAAAGACUCAUCUAUUUGUUAUUACUUAAAUAUCACUCUUAUCACAAGGAUAUUGGACCACUGAACAGUUAGGAAAGUCUCUUAAACCUCUGUGGACUAGUCUGUGUGCCAAAGGCACUCUGCAGAGGUUCACAAGUUCAAUGCCAUGUUAAGCCACCGCAUGUGCUAAGCAUCACUGGAGUCACUUUUUCAUGUGCACAGUAGAAAACACUGUAUGUUUGCCAUUUAUUGUGGUGCCAUUUAUUUCUAUGCAAUGUCUGAACAUAAAUUGUAUUACAUAGUAAUAUUGUUUGUUUGGAAAUGAAAUGACAAAAAAAAAUGUGUGUGCAUAUGAAUCUGGGAAUUCCGCUACUCUUAUGGUCACACGACUUGUGGAACUUGCCUUGCCCUUUAUCAAUCAGUGAUGUUUCAACGUCUGACUCGUCAGGCUAGUUUCAGUAUCCUAUGCCACAUUUUUUUUAGCAAUAUGUGCCUUACUUAAAAUAAUUUUGUUUGCCAAUUGUUUUCGUUUUCCAUAGUAGAUCAAAAGUCUAUGUUCUUUAUUGUUUUCUGUUUUUUGGUUACUGUCCGAGUGUUAUUACACAGUGUAAUACUGAUGUAUGUACAUUUUUGAUAAGUUAUGGUAGAUUUUUUUUUUUUUACAUAUAAAAAAAUCUCUUGACCCGGAAGUCAGAAUUCUGCCUUAUUGUGUCUGAAGUGUGUGUUGGCCACUCUGCUGUUGCCAAAUAAAGAGCGGUUUCCUUCUACAUGA